AUGGGUUCUUUGUUUAUGAGAAGAGUUGUUCGAGUCCUCAACUCGUCGGCGCCACCGUCAACCACUCUUCUCCGGCCACUUUUCAGAUACAAUACGAUUUCCUCUUUCACUUCACAAUCUGAUAAUAACAACGGAACUCAGUCGAAUAACUCGCUUCACAUUGAUUUAUCCAAUGAAGAAACCAAACGAAGCUUGUUCAACAGGCUAUUGUAUAGAAGCAAGCAGCGAGGGUUUCUGGAACUUGAUUUGGUUCUAGGAAAAUGGGUGGAGAAUAAUAUUCAUUCCUUGGAUGAAAAUCAUAUUCGAUCUCUCAUUCAUGUCCUCGACGUGGAGAAUCCAGAUUUAUGGAAAUGGUUGUCUGGGCAGGAGCAACCCCCAGAAUCACUUGUCACUAACCCUGUCUUUGCUGCAGUGCGUGAAGGAGUUCUGAAGAAUCUUAAUAGUCAUUCUUCUCCCGAAACAAGAGCAACACCGGGGCAACCAUGGGUAAGAGGCUGGGAUGAUAUCCAGAAAUUUCGGGGCGGUCCCAUCACUGGGAAUCAGUAG